UAAUGUGAUGGUGGAGGGAAUCAUCGUGAAUUGUUACUGUGAACACUCAAUUUGGAUCAGAUAAAACACAUUUUUUUCAACCCUCCUUUAUUUUGAUUUUAUUUUAAUAUUUUUUUAUAUUUUUUAUUCUAUUCCUAGUUUUUGUUGAUACUAUAUUUAUUUAUAGUUUUGUAAAACUGAUAAUUAUAAAACAAAGCUCUGGUUUUGAUUGAAAGUCAACCCACUUUAUAAUUUGCAGUUUGCACACGUACAUUCUAGUUCUGUUAUAUGCCUUGAUGUUUGACGCAGUGUGUGGCUAUAGCCUAUGAUAUGUGGAAGUACAUGCCAAAACUGAUGCUAGAUUGUAAAUUAUGAAGUGACUAUAAAGUACUACUAAAAUGCGAGAAGACCCUCUUCGUCCUUUGAAAGAACGAAACGGUUUCGCUGAUGGGAUCAACCUUUUUUUACUUCUUGUAUUGAAUAUUAUAGAUGAUUUUUUUUUUGUCAGAAGAGCGUAGAUUAAAAAGAUCAAUAAUAUUUACAAAGAUGAAAAUGCUAAACUACAGGAGCAUUAUAAUAGUUCACAAUAGAUACAUAGAAAAAGUAAGCGUGUAUCUUAAAUUUAAAUAUAAUUUAGAUUUUGAAUAUUGAAUAUAACAAAACUAAAAUCAGAUACAAGAUUUAAAGUCAUGUGAUUCUCUUAAAAGAUUUUAAGUUUUAUAGUUUUUUCCCCUCUCAGAUUAGUACAAAACUUUUACAGGAGAGAUAACGAAACACUACCUAAUGUAAAUAAAAAUAAUAAAAAAGUCUUUACACAAAAGAAAGAAAAUCCAUAAUUGAACACCGAAGCUGCUUCGUUUAUUAUUAUUAUUAUUAUAUACAUGGUUGUUUAUUUAUUUAUUUGAGGAUUAGAGUAUGUACAUGGUCUAUGGCAUCGAUCAAUAACACAGUUCAGUAUCGUUUUGUGAUUCAAUAAAAUUGAUUUUUUUUGUUACUAUAUUUCUGAAUGUGCAACAAUUUUGAUCACUGACGAACUUAUUAUUUAAAUUAUUCUUCAAGAAUCCUACAAUUUUCCAACUGAUUAUCACCCAUUCUGAUCGUAAAUUGAAAAUUAAUAAAGCAAUAUUUAUUUAUUUAAAGUAAAAAUUACACCUCGUAAUAUCUUGGCAAAAUCAGACUGCAAGCAAAUAUAACUUUUUUUUUCUUUUAAAAAAAUAUUAAAAACAUAUUUUUUAACAUUUCUUUAUUUAUAUAGAUCUCCUUAUUUAUUUAUCGGCUCUCAAUGAAAUUACAAAAACACACUUCUCUUCUUUCAAUUACAGACAGCAGCGCGUAUUCAUUGCUCAAUUCUACAGCACGAUGUCGUUUUAGCUCAAACCGGCUGGAAACGUUGGGCGUUUAUAGUACUUGUGAGCUAAAACCCUAAUCACGAACUAGGAGAAGGGGGUUUAGGAUUUACUGCAUAAUGCAAUCUCAACCCACAUGAUAGUGUUCCCAAAUUGUUGAUUUCAUUUGAUUCCAUUCUUCACACCCUUUUCCCAUGUUCAAAUUUCUCAGCAGGAACACUUAUCCAAAACCGGUUUUCUCCCAAAACCACCCAUGGCUAUGGUUUUCUCUGAAAUUCAUCGGCACCCAUUCGAAAGAAAAGUCUUUUACAAUCUCAUACCUCAUCGACAUUUGUGGGUUUCCCCCACACCGUGCUGAAUCGCUUUCCAAACGCAUGAAUUUCAAAACGCGGGAAAAACCAGACACCGUGAUCCAGUUCUUGAACAACCUCGGUUUCUCGCAAACCAAUACCUUAAAAAUCAUUCGAUCCGUCCCAGAAAUGCUUCGAACCGAUCCCAACAAAAUUUUGCAGCAAAAAAUCGAUUUUUUGAAGUCCAAAGGGUUUUCUGACUCUGACAUACGCUGCAUCAUAACCGGGUACCCUUCAAUCCUCCGUGCAGGCUUGAAGGGAGAGAUAAUUCCCUGUUUUGAUUUCUUCAACAACAUGUUUGAAUCUCAGCACAAGUUCAUGAAAACCGUUGUUCGCUAUUCCGGUAUUCUCUGUAACCUUGCUAAGUGUUCUGCUUUAAAUAUCCAAUAUCUGAAGGAUGAAGGAGUUCCUGAAUCAAUUAUUAUUAGAUUCGUAGAGUACUUUCCACGCACAUUGAAAGUACCCUCUAAUAGGUUUAAGGGGUUACUGCAAGAAGUUCAGGAUUUGGGGUUUAACCCUUUGAGGUUGCAAUUUGUUAUAGCUGUUCAUAUAAAGGUGUGUUUGAGCAGAUCCACGUGGGCAAGGAAAGAGGGUGUUUAUAGAAAGUGGGGUUGGAGUGACGAUGAUAUUGCAGUGGCAUUUAGAGGUCACCCUUUCUGUAUGUCCAUUUCUGAAAGUAAGAUUGAGGAUGCCAUGGAUUUUCUGGUGAACAAGUUGGGUUUUCAGGUUUCCGAUAUUGCAAAGUAUCCGGUCGUGUUGUCUAUGAGUUUGGUGAAACGGAUCAUUCCAAGGGGUUCUGUUGUUCUUGUUUUGAAGUCAAAGGGUCUGGUGACAAAGUUGAACCUGGGUAGAAUUUUUAGGUAUGAUGAAAAGUACUUCUUGGAUAGGUUUAUCUAUCGUCAUGAGAAGGAAGCUGAUAAGUUAUUGAAGUUGUACAAGGCUAAAUUGAGUCUUGCAGGGUGAUAAUUUUAGUGCCUACUCCCUGAUCUUCAUGUUCUUUGUUGCAUUUUAUAUUCAUUGUUUCCAUCCUUCAAUUCAGGUCAAACUCAGCGUUGGUUUUCUCUCUUGCAGUCUUAUUAUAGUUGCAUAUGCUGCCAUUUUAAAGUUAGUUUUCAAAUGAUUGUAUGAUGCAAUGAUUUUGUUGAUUAUGUUUGUCGAAAGAGGAUGAAAAUAGCAGAUAUUGCAACAUGAACUGUGAAGCUUUAUUAAAACACCUAUCCAAGUUAUGAAAUUCACUGAAGUCAAACAAUAAGACCUCAUUUUUUAUCCUUAAUCCUUGGUUCUUGUUAAAGAAUAAUGUCGGUAUCUCG